CCCUUGUGUUUCUCACUCCAGCUGCCUCAUGUAACCUUGUAUAAAAGUGCUUCCCAGUCCUGUCAUCGACGCCAUUCCCUUCAUAUGGCCCAGUUCUCUCACAUGCCUGUUUUCCUGGUUUGACCACUCGUGGUCUGCUUUGCAUUUCCCUGCUCCUGGUUUGGUGUAAAUAAAGCCCUUUUGAUCUCCCUCACACCUGGCCUCGACCCCCUUGGGCUCCAAUCAUGACACAUGGAAAGUUUCUGGAAAUUUUCCACCCCUUUGCAACCCAAAUCGUAACAGGCCUAUCAGAGUACAUUUAUUUACUUUUUUUGUUUUGAAAAUGCAGUGGGGAAGUUGGUUAAGGGCCUUCCUGAAGAGCUCAGUGGUGAGAUCACUCUGACCACAGCCACAGUGUUCUAACCAGCAGAGCUACAUGCUGCCCCCAGAUUCUUAAACUAAAUUCUCACUUUAAUUUUCAGCCUAUCAUCAACAGCUCAUCCAUUGGUUUUGAAUAGACGGAACUGACUUUGUCACACGGACUUCUUCUUUCAGCCACAUUCAGCUGAUUGUGCAUCACCAGGAAACAAAUAAAAAAAAAAAGACAAGACGACCAACAACCAAGGAGCGAAACGUCACCUUUCAGAGGAGCAGCACGCAGGCGGCAGGUGUAGCUGGACCGACCCGGCGGAGAUGAAUCGCCAACAGACCAUCGAGAUGAACCACUAUGAAAGCGACCCUCCGUCACAAGACAUCUACGAGACUCUGCACUCCAAGCCGGCAGAGACUCGCUAUAGAUAUGUGGAGGUCCAACAAAGUCCUCACAGAAAGAAGCUGGUCUUCAUCCUUCUGGCUGCCAAUUCACUCCUGCUGGUUACCAUACUGGUGAUAGUGGCCGUUCACUAUCACCACGUCUCCCAGUCACCUCGCUUUGCCACCAACAACGAAGAGUGGUAUCUCCAUGACGACACGUUCUACCUGUUCUGGAGUGGCCAGGGCAGCUGUGAGGAAGCAAAGGGCUUCUGUAUCCAGAGAGGAGCCCAGCUGCUCACUGUGGAUAGUAAUAAUGAGGCCUGGGUGAAGUCAGUGGUCAGGGGAAAGCAGGUGUUUGUGGAAAAAUCGCCCUCUGCUGGGUAUGGAAUCAGUUGUGGUAAGGACUUCCACGAUGUAUGUGACAUCUUCCCCAGUGGCACAAAUGUCCCUGGAAGUCACGGCCCGGCCGGCUGGGUGUGUCAGAGAUGGACUUCUCCUGCCCGAUAUUUACAGGUUCCAUGUAAUUAUUAAAGGAAAAUUGGGUGCGGGAUGAGGAGCCACCUGGACUGAAUGAAGAAAGAGAGGAGAGUUAUAAGGCUUGUUUUCAAUCGCUUUUUAGCUGUAAAAGGUUUAAUGUGGGUAUAAACAUGUAGGUAGUGACACAAGGCGCUGUUUCUUUGUGGCACUGUUACUGCACUGUGUUCUGUUUACUAUUACUGCUCUAUUUUUUUUUUUGUAAAAUAAAUUUGGUUUAAAAUUUUA